AGCAAAGUUUUUGGAAUGUGACUACAAUAUCACUCCCAUACAAACCUCGGAUACGAGCAUAAAUACACAAUGCUGGAGAAUUCGUCUACUUUUCCUGGCUGAACCGAAAUAUAAUCUUCCCAUGUCGCUAAAAUUGAUAUCUACAACCUCAAUAAGCUAGAAUUUAGUCAGAAAUAAAACACCUACAGCCACUUACAGUGUAUGAUUUGAAUUGACUACGGUGCCUGGUGUAUAACUAGACACACUGCAGUUUUCGAUUGUUCAACGAGUGCCUGCAAUGCUGAUGUAGCUUGGACCUUCAAGGAUUCGAAAAAUACAAGCUUAUUUUUGUGAUUUUUUUUUUUUUUUUCAAGGGGCUGCAGGAGAGUCGCUCCAACUGUGUGCAAUCUAUUGGGCAUUGCUGGUGUUCGUUUCAUAAAAGCAUUUUCUUCUUACGAAAGGAACCAGUUUUUUUUUUGUUGUUGUUGUUUGUUUGUUUGUUUGUUGUUUUAAAUUUUUUUCCCAUCAGACAAAAUAACAUGCUGUGGUUAUCCGGAUGAACAUGCAACGCGUUUGAGAGUUGUGGACAUUAUUUUGAAGAAUGCACUUAAUAUAUAUUUUGACAUGUUAAUAGAUUAUGCGUCGUAUGAGUUCCUGCAGAUUCCUUCCAAAUCAAUGGGAAUUCAAUAGGAUUUAAUUAAUUAGCAUGGGACUUUGAUCGCCUUUCGUGGUUUUUAUUCACCUGCGCUUUCAAAAAAAAAAAAAAUGUUGAUGUACACUUCAUUUGUCUGUCUACCGGAGUUAUUUUAUUUUUUUAAGAAAUCGAUGCUAUUUUCACCAGCUGCACGAUUGAAUUAAACACCUUUAUCCGUACUUUAUACUAAUCCAAAACCAGCUUUCCAAGGUGUUAAUUGCCACCAAGACAAGAAAAGAGGUCAACCGCUGGUUGUGUCAUUUCAGUUCUUGCCGUUUAGAAGAUUAGGAUUCUAUUGAUACAGUUCAAUGGAAAGAGAAACACGUUAUCUUUUAAUAAGGAGCCCUUGCUGUAGUAUAGUGGACAUCUCCGUGGAAACGAUUUCCUGUCUUUCUUUCAACCUUCUUGGGAUUGUAUUUAUUUUUUCUAUGGCUGUUUUAUUCUGGUAGAGAAGACAUCACAUUUUUACAGCCUGUUUUUUUUUUUUUUUAUCGUUGUUGGCUUCUUUCUCUUUUCUGAUAAAGAAUUCAUGGUGUGUCACUGUUUGGCGGUGGACUGGAAGCUGUGGCGGAGGUUGAACGAUCACGCAUUUUGGGAGAGCUCACCUAUAAACUAGUCAAAUCAGAAAAGGCGAUAUACUACGCGUGGGAGAGUAAAGAUAAUCCUGCCUCAACGAGCGAUUUAGAUUGAUGUUCCUGUUCAAAGCCAGUGACAGACCUCGCAGUAAGAGACACAAGAAGACUGGCCAGGACUCCAGGCAAAGGGGAACAGUGCACUGAUAUACCAUGGAAAGGAUUGUCUUCUGCGUGUUGAUGUUUGGCGUGUUGGUGAAGGCUCAUAACUGCCCUGGUCGCUGCAUCUGCCAGAAUAUCUCCCCUACCCUGACUUUGCUCUGUGCCAAAACGGGACUCCUGUUUGUGCCGCCUACCAUCGACCGCAAAACCGUGGAGCUACGCUUGACGGACAACUUCAUCACCGUUAUACGGAGGAAGGACUUUCUCAACAUGACCAGCCUGGUUCAUCUCACCCUGUCUAGGAACACCAUCAGUCAGAUCAUGCCUCAUGCUUUCAUGGACUUGAGAGCCCUCCGCGCCUUGCACAUGGAUGGCAACCGGCUCAACUCCCUGAAGAACGAGCACUUCAAGGGUCUCGGCAACCUGCGUCACCUCAUUUUAGGGAACAACCAGAUCCACCAUGUGGCUUCCGCCACGUUUGAUGAGUUUCUUGGGACCAUUGAAGACUUGGAUAUCUCGUACAACAACCUAGAGACCCUCCCUUGGGAGGCUAUUGCCAGGAUGACCAACAUCAACACCCUCACGUUGGAUCACAAUCUGAUAGAUCACAUUGAAGAAGGGACCUUUUCCUUGCUUCACAAGCUGGUCAGGCUUGACAUGACUUCGAACCGGCUGCACAAGCUGCCGCCAGACACCCUCUUCCUGCGCGCUGAAGUCUUGGCCAACGCUGAGGUGUCCAAUCCUUCCACAUUGACAGUCAGCUUUGGUGGGAACCCCUUACACUGUAACUGUGAGUUACUUUGGCUCAGGAGGCUUACCAGGGAAGAUGACUUGGAGACAUGUGCUUCCCCCGUCGCCCUUAUGGAUAAAUACUUCUGGUCCAUCCAAGAGGAGGAGUUCAUCUGUGAACCUCCAUUGAUCACUAGACACCACGCCUCUAAAGCCUAUGUCAUGGAAGGGCAAGGGGUGACCUUGAAGUGCAAAGCUAUUGGAGAUCCAGACCCUUCCAUCCAUUGGAUCUCUCCCGAUGGGAAACUCAUUCACAACACCUCUAGGACCGUCCUCUUCGACAACGGGACUUUGGACAUCUUCAUCACCACCCUUAAGGAUAGUGGGUCUUUCAGCUGCAUCGCCUCCAACGCUGCCGGGGAAGCAACUGCCCCCGUCGAGGUCAACAUUGUUCCCUUGCCCCUUUUCGUCAACAACACCAGCCACAUGAAGGAGCCCGACCCUGGCUUGUCCGACAUCACCACCUCGUCCAAAUCAAGCUCCAAUGAUACCAAGAACCAAGACAAGAAGGUGGUGGUCGGAGAGCUGACCUCAUCUUCUGUCGUCAUCUGGUGGCCUUCUGAGCGUCACAUCCCUGGCAUCCGCAUGUAUCAGAUCCAAUACAACAGCACCUCUGAUGACACAUUGGUUUACAGGAUGAUUCCAUCAACUAGCAAGACCUUCCUAGUGAAUGACUUAGCAGGAGGUCGGGAAUAUGACCUCUGUGUCCUAGCUGUCUAUGACGACGGGAUCACCUCUCUGACGGCCACCAGAGUGGUGGGCUGUGUCCAGUUCUCCACAGCCAGCGAGAACAGCCAGUGCAAGUUCAUCCACAGUCAGUUCCUUGGAGGAACCAUGAUCAUCAUCAUUGGAGGCAUCAUAGUGGCUUCAGUCCUGGUCUUCAUCAUCAUUCUGAUGAUCCGUUACAAGGUCUACAACAACCAAGACGACCACACCUCAGCCAAAGUGAGCAACGUCUACUCCCAGACCAGCGGAAACCUAGCUGUCAUGCAUCGUUCCUCCUCCAAGCAAGCAGAGGAGAAGAAUGAGAUCUGGGCUAAGGAGGCCGCCAACAAAGACUGCAAGGCUCUGGUCUUGAAAGUGGAUUGCGAGAAAUCAGAGGCUCCCCAGCCCACCACCACUGUCAUCACUGAGGUCCAGCUGUCUCUGGUUCCAAUAGAAAGGAGGCGGACCCUGACCAGUGUAGACCUCCAGCAAGCAGCAGCUAUCCUGUCUUCAGAGGAUGCCCAGACGGACAGCAGCAUAGUGGGUUCCACCAUAUCACUCUGCUUGAUAGGUUCCUCCAACGGCAACAAAGAUGCACCCAAGCGUAGGGAUAAAAAGAGUGCCUUGGGUAGCAAUACUCUCCUUCCCAGCAACAUUGCAAGAACUCGGCACAGGUUCUCCUUUGACGGGGACUACUCGUUGUUUCAGAGUAACAGUUACCCCAGAAGGGCAAGGACAAGGAGACACAUGUCCUCUACCCAGAUAAACGUGGACGUGGCUUCUCCUUUGGGAAACCGGAGGGUGAUCUUUAGCAGCACAGAGUGGAUGUUGGAAAGCACGGUUUGAGGCAGUGUGAGAUCUCAGACUGAGAUGAAACUACUCAGAAGCUGAGGAGAAGUGGUUAUCUCUAACGCAGCAGUGCCUUACUAAAACAGUGUACCAAUGGGGGGAUGCUGCUAGUUAAGUCUCUGUUUUUUUGUUUUUUUGUUUUUGUUUGUUUAUUUUAUUAUUUGGUGUGUCUUUUCUCUUUUGUUUUAUUUUUACAGUUGUAUUGUCUUUUAUGGAAUAACAGAGCUUUUGGAUUUGUGAGGUGUUGGUUUGUUUUUAUAUAUACACCAUGAUGUUGGAUAAAUGGAAAGUGCUGUAUGGUCAUUUCCCCUUUAAUGUAUCAAAAAGCAGGACUGUUUCCACUUGCCACCAGAUUCUGGAGCGAAGGACUCAUGCACAGAAGACACAAGAUACCAUGGACUUGUAUCACACCCAGUCUAUACAAAAAAUAU